GGUCCUCUAACCUAAAUAUGUCUACCUGGUGCACCCGAGAUAAUUCAUAAUAAUUGUUUAUUUUCACGAUAACGCUUUUUAUCCUUGCACUCACUUGUAACAUUAAUGAUAAUGCUGCAGUUCAGUGCAAUGCUGUAUACUGCGACUGCUAGGAUCGCACCUCGCUCGUCCUGGCGUUUCACCGCUCUCGUGGCCUGCAAUUCCAGUACGGCGGUCACUGGCGAGCAACCCGCCGCACCUGUGAAUGAAGACAACAAUACUAAUUUCUCAAAAAUACAAGCCGUCUUGCAAAAAGAAAAAGAGCAACAACCUAAGGACAGUUUUCAAACAGUUUCUACGACAGAAGAAAGAAACGGUAGGAAGAAACGAUUGAAUGAGAACAACACAGUAUUUUUCAAGCAAUUUCAAGCUGCCAAAUCUAUAAACGACUUGUUAGACUUGGCAGUAUUACCAAACUUGUCUAAAAGCAAUGCUCUAAAACUGAUAUCGAGCAUAACUAAUCAGAUAAACAGUGGAAAAUCACAGACAUUAGACAUUGAGGCUGAUGAACGAUUUAUUCAGCUCAGGAAGAUAGUUAAGAAUAGUGGUGAGACAAGUAAUACAAAAUUAUCUAAUCUGUCUAAAUACUCCCAAUUAUCGACACCUGCAAUGAUUGCUGUAAUAACAUCAUUGAGAGAACAAAGAGACAGAAAUACUCCACUAUUAAAGAUGUUGUCAUACAAUAUUGUUAAAUACAAUAUAGCAUUAAAUUUGAACCAAUGUGCGACUUUGUUAUACAGCAUGGCCAUACUUAAUUUUCCAGAUAAGGUUUUAUUAGAAAAAAUCGCAUCUGACUUACUGGAGUGUGUACCAAGAAGCAAAAAUGCUGCUAUAAACAAAUCCAUAAUAACAUCAUUAGGAUUUCUACGUUACAAAAAUAUGGAUGUACUUGACAUAUUUUCUGACACAUUAUUUAUGAAAUCAAUGGAUUAUAAAUUUCUGGAUUAUUCAUCAAUACUACAAACAUUUGCGGCUCUACAGUAUAAAUCUAAGAAAGCAAAUCUGUUUCUUGAGAAAUUUACAGAACAUGCAAGCCCAUUUCAAACGACUUGGAUUGAAUGGCUGGAUAUUGUUUGGUCCUUAGUAAUUUUAGAUGCAGUGGAACCGCGACAUGUAAAAUUCCUGCUGGACCCUGUAUUUGUGGAGAAAAUAGCCUUUAACGAACUAAAUAUAUCAAAGAUAUUAAAAUUAUUAAACAUCAACGCUGUUGCACAGUUUAUUCUGAAGGAUUACAAAGGACCUUUUUUAAAGGAAGAUUCCGAAUUUAAUAAUGUAUCUAUAACUAGAUCAAAGGAAAAACAAAUGUACAUAAAUGCAUUAUUGGAAACAUUAACAGAAGUAUUACCGUCUUCAUCUUAUUUUAAAAUAAAUUUUGAUACAAACAUGGGUUUUUUAUUAGAUGCUGAAUAUCGCAUAGACAGUGAACACAGGUUAGUGAAAGUGGAAGAUUGGAAUGAACAAUCGAAUAAUGUACGAAGAAUAGGAAUAAUGGUGCACGAUUACCACGAUUAUUGCAUAGGACAGAAUGAUCUCAUAGGAUCGUUAUAUUUAUAUACGCAAUUAUUAAAAGCCAGAGGAUACGAACUCAUAACAAUCUCUUAUGAAAACUUCAGUGUACAGGACAAUGUAAAAAAACGGGCAAACUACUUGAAACAACGUAUGAAUAGUAUAAAAGAAAUGACGUCAGCAAAACAAUCGAUAUAGUCCAAUAUUGGCCUAGUCCAAUA